CCACACCAGCACCCUGGGGUUUAUCCGGAUCCGAGGCCAUGGAGGUGCCCGGGAUUGAGGGUGCCGUUUCCCCAUGGACCAACCUGGCUGUCGCUUGGGGUAGAGCUGGGUGACGAGGACAAGCCCGUGUGUCCCGCUGGGAGCUGGGUCAUCUCCGGAGCAGGCUGAUGCUGGGGCUGUGCUGAAUGAAGGGGACACAAGGCAGAGGGUGAGCACCCCCCGGGCUCUGCAUGGAUUGGAAUGGGGAAACCUGCCUGCAGUAAGAGCCCAGGGCAACGGGAGCAUCCCGGCUUCUUCCUCCGAGCGCUCUUCCUCCUCCUCUUCUGCAGGCAUGUGUCCUCCCAGUGCAAGAUCCUGCGCUGCAACUCGGAGUACGUGGCGGCCACGCUGAACCUGCGCGGCGCCGACCGCAGCGCCGGCUACUGCGAUGCCCUGCGCUCCUACUCACGCUGCACCCGCAGGACGGCGCGCACGUGCCGCGGGGACCUGGCCUAUCACUCUGCUGUGCACGGCAUCGAGGACCUCAUGAUCCACAACAACUGUUCCAAAGAAGGUCCCACAUCCCCGCCCCGGCCCCGGUCCCCUCCCAACCACCAGGGCUUGGAGCCUCUCGCUAUGUGUGACUACGAGAAGAGCUUUGUCUACAAGCACGGCCAAGCGCCCAGCUACCAGCACUGCGCCGCCUUCGGGGACCCCCACAUCCGCACGUUCCAUGAUGACUUCCACACGUGCCGGGUGGAGGGCUCCUGGCCCCUCCUGGACAACGAGUACCUGUUUGUGCAAGCAACCAGCUCACCAGUGGCCAAGGGCUCCAACGCAACGGUCACCAGCAAGCUCACCAUCAUAUUCAAGAACAUGAAGGAGUGCAUCGACCAGAAGGUCUACCAGGCGGAGAUAGACAACCUCCCCGCUGCCUUUGAGGACGGCUCGGUGAACGGCGGCGAGAGGCCGGGCGGGAGCAGCCUGGCCAUCCGGGAGCGCAGCGCCGGGCGGCACGUGGAGAUCCGCGCACAAUACAUCGGCACCACCAUCGCGGUGCGCCAGGCCGGCCGCCAGCUCUCCUUCUCCAUCCGGGCGGCCGAGGAGGUGGCACGAGCCUUCACGGAGGAGCAGGACCUGCAGCUCUGCGUCACCGGGUGCCCCCGCAGCCAGCGCAUCUCCCGCUCCGAGUGCUGCCGGGGACUGGCGGCGGCCGACGUGGCACGAGCCUUGUGCAAGGAGAUGCUGCCCGUGGAGGACGUCUACUUCCAGUCGUGUGUGUUUGAUGUGGUGACCUCUGGCGAUGCCAACUUCACCAUGGCGGCCCAUGGAGCGCUGGAGGAUGCCAGGGUCUUCCUUCCCAACGCGGAGAAGCUGCACAUCUUCCAGGCUGGGGCAGGCUGCCCGCGGGUGUCUUCUUCUUCCUUCCUCCUCCUCCUCCUCACCUCUGGUCUCUGGGUUGUUCUGUUGCACUUUUAGCUCCGGGUGGCGUUGUGUACAACUCAGGGGACAUAUCCAGCCCUUCCACCAGCCUGCCCAUAGGGGUAACAGGUGCUGGCUCCAGACCCGUGCCUUGCAGAUGGAGAUCAUCUCAGAUCAAGCGCUUCCAUGGCAAGAAGGAAUCAGAGGCCUUUGGAGUGAGGCACCGGUUGCACUGACUGAACCCAGUUCCUCUCCUGAAGGCAGAUCUGCUCUUGGGUUCCUUUUCCUAGCGGAGACAUUGCAGCCAUAGCAAAGAAGAGGUACCCAGGAUGAAAACCUCUCUGACCCUCAAAGCUUUCCCAUAGACUUGCACUUCUCCACUGUUCCUACAGCAGACUUUACCCAGGAACCCAACAGAUCCAGGAAUAAUGAGCUCAAAGCCCAGUUUUAAGCAGUCAAAACUUGUUUGGUGGAUCUGGGCCACUUUAUCAGCUGCUCCCAAAGCGAUGCUGGAGCAGAGCAAGGCAAUGAGUGGGUGAGUGGAGCGUUGAGAUUUUGGAGCUGUGAAUCAACCGUUUCGGGCUGUAUCCUCCUCUCUUGGGAUCAGCAGCAUGCUGGUUUCCAGCGCUGGGAGCUGCAGGGUAUCAGGUCUCUGACCUUUCAGGCCAUUUGCUAUUGCCCCUUCUUGCCUUGGCACUCGAUGUAUCCAGUCCUGGACUUUGGACCAGCGCUGAGUUCCAGGGAGGAAAAACACCCCUUGGUGUCCCUCUCCCUUGGGAUUCCCUGUCACUGUCUCAAUCCAACCCAGCCAUUGGGGUUCACUUGCAGAAGAGGAUUAAUAAUGGAGACCCGGAGCUCUAUCAGUGGGCAGAUAAAUGCGGAGGGGAGGCCCAAAGAGAUGUUUAAUGUAUGGAACAGGUUUUAAGAGUUCCAUAUGAUAAGAAAUCUUUGCCGUAUGCAAAGACUUCUUCUUCUCCCAUUAAAGAACCUAGAACCAGCAGAAGAACCUUGCAAAGCCUUUCGGAGGCAGAGAACUCCCAGGGGGAUGAAAGGGAUGCAGGAACGGAUGCGCCGAGCUCUAGGGCUACUUUUCCAGCUCCUAUUUCCCAUCUGCAGUUCCUUUGCUCAGUGCUUUGGGUCUGUUCAUCCCCUGGUUCUUCUGCAGGGAGCACAGAGAGUCAAUAUGGGAAGAUGUCGUAGAUCCCUCAGCAUCUUCCCUCCUCCACACAGGGACGAGCGGGAAUGUUGUUCCAUCUCCUGCUUGGUGCUCACUGAUCCCCCAAGGUUUUGACAUUAAAGUGUCUAUUUUUGAAGCCCUCA